UGCACUCUCACAUGGGAAGUCUCAGGAUUUCACCAUCUUCAUUCAACAUUAUUUCCUGUUUAGUGAAAGAACAGAAAUGGCGAAUUUCCUGAUUAUCAUCUACUCAAGAAUUGCUAUGAACAUGUCUACUUCUGAGCUAAUUAACCAGCAUGAUCUACAUGAUUUGGCUACGAUCACAGCCGUUGAAUCAACUGAUCAGUGGGAUCCACUUAGCUGGAGAGCAGGGCAUAACCAAGUGUGAAAGACGAGGUCAAACAACGUGGGGGACUAUCAGGGCUUUAACUGUCCAACCCCACUAAUCAACCCCACGCGAAGGAAGUUUGGUAGCUGAGUUUCGAGAGAUUUUUGAGGCUUUCAGGAAAGGAAAAACAUGGGUUCUUUUUCUCUUCCAAAACUCUGCAAAAACAGUGCUUUGUUUUCUCUGGUUUUGAUCUUCAUGGUCAUGGUUGCUGCUACUUCUUUUGAGUUCAAGGUUGGUGAAGAGAGAGGGUGGAGGAAACCAACUGGGAAUGAGUCUGAAACCUACAAUGAAUGGGCUACCAGGAACAGGUUUCAUGUUGGGGAUUCUCUUCAUUUCAAGUACAACAAUGACUCGGUGCUGGUGGUGAACAAGACAAGCUACACCAAGUGCAGUGUGUCUAAUCCAAUCUUUAAGUUCGAAGAUGGGGACACUGUGUUCCAGUUUGAUCGAUACGGGUUCUUCUACUUCAUCAGUGGGGAGCGCGGUCACUGCAAAGCUGGUCAGAAACUGAUUGUUCGGGUGAUGGUGCACCCUGCAAUCAGUUCUCCUCAGCCUGCACCUUCACCUAAUGGGGAUGAUGGAUCUGAUCAUGAUGGGGGUGGUUGGGACUCAUUUUGGGGGCCGCCACCUCAGAAUUCUACUAUCAAGCUGACGGUUGCAUCCUACUUCAUGACUGCUCUUGGGGGCAUGUUGGUUAUUAUGUAUUUGCUAAUGUAGUAUAUACUAUCUAG